AUGGGAGGGAUAGGAAAAACGACUCUAGCUAAACUAGCAUACGCCGAUCCUCAAAUCAUAAAUCGCUUUGAUGUUCGUGUUUGGGUAACAGUAUCUCAAGAAUAUUAUCUUAGAGAUUUAUUGUUGGGUGUUCUUUCUUGUAUUUCAAAUGAGAUCAAAGAAGAGACUGAUGAUGAGUUGAUGGAUAUGAUAUACAAGAAGUUAAAGUGUCAAAGGUAUCUUAUUGUGAUGGAUGAUAUUUGGUGUAACGACGUGUGGGAUCUCAUGUCAAGAACUUUUCCAGAUGAUAACAAUGGGAGUCGAAUUAUUUUGACUAGUCGGCUCAAAGAUGUGGCUAGACAUGCUGACCCUGACUGCCCUCCUCUUAACAUGAGCCUCUUGAAUGAAGAUGAAAGUUGGAAGUUACUUACUGAGAAUGUGUUUGGGGAAAAACAUGUUUGUCCUCCUAAACUAGAGGAUAUCGGGAAGCAAGUAGCACAAAAAUGCCAAGGACUACCAUUAGCUCUUCUAGUGGUUGCGGGGCAUCUUUCUAAAAUUGAAAGGACACAAGAAAGUUGGGAAGGAGUUGCCAAAAGUGUAAGUAAAGUUGUUACUAAUGAAUCAGAUAAAUGUCUCGGAGUGCUUGCUAUGAGUUACAAUUACUUACCUAAUCAUCUUAAACCAUGUUUCCUCUAUAUGGGAGUUUUUCCAGAAGAUAGUGAUGUCAGCAUAAAGAGAUUGAUCAACUUAUGGGUUUCUGAGGGUUUUCUAUCGGAAGAAUUAGUGGGAAGAGAUUGUUUGGAGGAUCUUGUUAGUAGGAAUCUGAUAAUGGUUAAGAAGAGGAGAUUUAAUAACGAGGCGAGAACAUGUGGUGUCCAUGAUCUGGUUCGUGACCUAAUUUUAAGAGAAGCUGAGAAAGAAAAGUUCCUGCUGGUUGCUAGAAUUCAUGAAGCCACUAAUCCUUCGGCAAAGAAGCCCCGUGUUCAUCACUAUAGUUUCCAUACAAGCAUGUAUAAGGCUGAUUUCUGGGAGUCAUCAUCCAGUGAUCAUCUCACCCGAACUGUGCACUUCUUCCGUGGAUUAGCGCUUCUUCCGUGGACUAGCUUCAAACUGCUAAGAGUGUUAGCAAUCCUUGAUUUUACGUUUCAAGAUUUUCCACUUGACAUAACAAAAUUAGUACAUCUCAGAUACCUUGAAUUCAACUGUUACGAUGAUCUUCACUGGUUAGUGUCGGAACUUUAUAAUCUGCAGACCUUGAUUUUUAAUUACCGAGGUGAUAAAUCUCCAACUAUACCUGCAGCUCUCUGGGAGAUGAAACAUUUAAAGCAUAUUCACAUCAGUAACUUUUUUUCUUUCCAGAUUCCAUCAAGUAAGGUACAGUCUGGUUUCAAGCUACAACAUUUGGAGGAAAUUUCCUGUCUAUGCUUGUCCUGCUCUACUAGUGAACUCUUUUCUGCUAUUCCAAAUCUCAAGAGGCUGAAAAUUUGCGGAAAUUGGAGAGAAUGCGAGAGAGAGGAGAUUUCCCAUUGCCUAAAAAAUAUUUCCUGUUUAGAUAAACUUGAAAUAUUGAAGGUCAUCUGCCACGGAAUAAACCAACCCCCAGUUCCUUGCAAGUAUGUUUUGCCUACAUCUCUGAAGAGGUUGACUUUGCAAAGGACUUUCUUACCAUGGGAAGACAUGGCAAACAUUACGAUGUUGCCAAACCUCGAACUGCUUAAAAUUAAAAAAUAUGGAUUCUGUGGCGGAGUUUGGAGAUUAAAUGAUGACGAGUACUUCAAUCGACUUAAGUUCCUCCUAAUCAAUCGGACAAAUCUGGAGCACUUGGAAGUUAGCAGUGUCAACUUCCCAAUUCUGCAACGCUUAGUUCUCAAAAAAUGUUUAUACCUGGAGGAAAUUCCUAAAGAUAUCGGGGAAAUUUGUACCUUGGAGUCACUAGAAUUGCACGAUUGCAGCCUUUCCGCUGCAAAAUCUGUGAAAGAAAUUCAAGAAGAUCAAGAGAGCAUGGGAAACGAGAUCCUUAGUGUCCACAUCCACAAUUGCCGGUAA